CCACGCCGGACUGCAGCUCCUUCCCCACCUAUUUUGAACGGUGUAGGCUCCCUAAAGAACAUUUCUUCUACAACAAGACCGCCAAGCGCUGCCAACUUUUCCUUGACUUUGGCUGCCCCGGGAGCUUGAACACCUACGACACCCUCAGGAAAUGCCAGCAAUCCUGCUCAGAGAUUGACAUUUGCACGCUGCCUCCUGAUCGUGGGCCUUGCAAGGAGAAACUGCACCGCUGGUUUUACGAGCCGAAGACCAGCAAGUGCACGAAAUUCACUUUCGGGGGCUGCGAGGGGAAUGCCAACAACUUCAACGUUGGGCCACCAUAUCUAGCUGUGGGCCAGCGCCUUUAUCUUUAUGAUUCUGGAGUGGCCUUCAUGCAGUGUCUCUAA